AACAUUCGUUACUGGGGGACAAGUAGCAAGGUGCCCGUCCAAGAGCAGACUUGUGGGGGCAAUCAUUCUACGAUUGACUGGGGAGGCAGUCGAACAAAGGGCAAAAGGACCUGAGAGUCCCUAUCUUUCUAAGUGGAAGGUGAUACUCUUAAGGUACAAUGCCCUGAGGAACACUGUCAUCAACAGUCGCCUCUACAAGGACACACAGCUCCAGCUGUUUCCCAUAAAUGAAACAACAAUAUCAAAAUGGUAAGUGUUCCUUUAAUACAAUAUAAAAGUAAUAUAUAUAUAAUAUUUACAUAUUUAUUAUCAUAUUAAACAGUUUAUAAAAUUGUUCAUUUCCUUACUGUUUUUCACAGGUACAAGAACAAGGAAAGAGUGGACGAGGUCAAGCUGCUGCUACAAGGCCUAUUAGUUCCAAAUCCACCUCUCGCUGCAAAUGAGCCCCUACCACAACCACUAGAGCUACAGCCAAAUCCAAUGCCAGUGAUUCCACCGCCUGUUUCUACCAAUCCAUCGGUUCCAUCAACAAGUGUUGUUGCAGAAGAUCCAGAGCUAGUGAUUGUAGAAAAAGCUCAAACGAUCCCAUCCAAUUGUAAGUACAUAAUGAUCCAUAAUAAAUAA